GUCGAGGACACUGGAGCGACGUCAUGCUCGAAACGAAUUUUAAAUUUGUAAAGUGAAGAGACAGAAACGCUAGUUAAGGUCGCUGCUGUUUUCACAGAGAGGUGGAGAGUAGACGUGAACAAAAUGGCGCAGUUUGGAUUUGAGAACGACAUCCACAGCAUCCUGAAGCUCGACAUGCCCAUAACUAACGCUCCCAUGGCGAGGUGGCAGAGGAAGGCCAGCUCCUCUAACAGCUCCGCUCUGGGCGGCUUAUCUCCGGGGAAAUCGAGCAAUACGUCCCUGAGCUCUUCCAAAACACCCAGUAAAACACCAGGUAAAAAUAAAAAAGCAACCCCAUCCAAAAUGGGAGGCGACCGCUUCAUCCCCAUCAGAAACAGCAAACAGAUGGAUGUGGCCAGUUUUCUGCUCACAAAGGAGAACGAGCCAAUGGACACCAGUAACUCAGCAGGAACAGCGGAAAGCCAGAAGGCCUGGUCGAUGUCGCUGAAUGGAUUCAGCAUGGAGGAUGUAAAAAUCCUGCACCUUGGAGGGAAACCACUGAAUGCUCCUGAGGGUUAUCAGAACAACUUAAAAGUCCUCUACAGUCAAGGUACGACCCCCGCUUCUGUCAAAAAGACGAGAUACAUCUCUUCAACGCCCGACAGAAUCCUAGAUGCUCCAGAGCUCCGAAACGAUUUCUAUCUGAAUCUGUUUGACUGGAGCAGUAGAAAUCUUCUGGCUGUGGCUCUCCAUAACAGUGUGUAUCUGUGGGACGCCACUCAGGGAGACAUCACUCUGCUCAUGAAGCUGGAGAGCGAUGAAGACUACAUCUGCUCGCUGUCCUGGACUAAAGAGGGGAGCUACCUUGCCAUUGGAACCAGCGACUGCAAAGUUCAGCUGUGGGAUGUCGACCAUCAGAAGCGUUUACGCAGCAUGGCAAGCCACACUGCUCGAGUAGGAAGUCUGAGCUGGAACGAACACGUUCUCUCCAGUGGCUCCAGAUCCGGACACAUCCACCACCACGACGUACGGGUGGCGGAGCAUCAUAUCUGCACGCUCACCGGUCACUCUCAGGAGGUCUGCGGGCUGACGUGGUCACCUGAUGGCCGAUACCUUGCCAGCGGAGGAAACGACAACCAGGUGUGUGUGUGGCCACGUGUGCAGGAGGGCGGGAACCCCAACCAACCGGUGCGCUGCUGGAGCGAGCAUCAGGGAGCCGUCAAGGCUUUGGCCUGGUGUCAGUGGCAACCAAAUAUCCUGGCAUCAGGAGGCGGGACCAGCGACCGCCACAUCAGGAUCUGGAACGUGAACAGCGGCUCCUGCAUCAGCUCACUGGACACCCAGUCGCAGAUCUCAUCUCUGAUUUUUGCUCCAAACUACAAAGAACUCGUCUCUGCCCACGGCUACGCUCACAACAAUGUUGUCAUCUGGAAAUACCCUUCUCUCACCAAGGUCGCAGAGCUCAACGGCCAUGAGGACAGAGUCCUGAGUCUGACUAUGAGCCCUGACUGCUCUACGAUCGCAACGGUUGCUGGAGACGAGACGAUCCGCCUGUGGAAGAGCUUUGAGGUGGAUCCUGUGAAGAAGGCCAAAGGGAAGAUGAUGAAACCUACCAGCAGCGUCAUCCAUCAGUCCAUCAGAUAACUUCUGCUUCACUUUUAGGAGGAUUUUAUGUAUUUUGAAUCAAUGAGCAAUGUGCAAAUGUUUGAAUGAAAUAUGUGCAAAUUUUUUAUUAUGUUCAAUAAAGUUUAAUCUCUGCUUGCUGA